UUGCAUAGAAAGCCCCGCCCCUGGCUUUGCAGGACGUCAGCGAGGACUGCAGGGGCCUGAGCCUCCGCCGCCGCCUGCAGCCCCCGCAUCCUCUUCUGGGGCCCGGUCGCCAGCGCAGUCGCCACAAUCGCCGUCGCCAGCGUUGUCUCAGCUUAGAGAGGGCAAGGUGAGCGCAACCCAGCACCACACCCUGGGGAGCUUGCGUUUCACUGACAGCCGGGGAAUCCAAAGGGGAGCGCGACAUCAAAAGAUGGCGUCGGCCACAGACUCUCGCUAUGGGCAGAAAGAGUCCUCAGACCAGAACUUCGACUAUAUGUUCAAGAUCCUGAUCAUCGGUAACAGCAGCGUGGGCAAAACCUCGUUCCUCUUCCGCUACGCAGACGACUCCUUCACUCCGGCCUUCGUCAGCACCGUUGGCAUAGACUUCAAGGUCAAAACCAUCUACCGCAACGACAAGAGGAUCAAGCUGCAGAUCUGGGACACAGCAGGGCAAGAGCGGUACCGCACCAUCACCACCGCCUAUUAUCGUGGUGCCAUGGGCUUCAUCCUGAUGUAUGACAUCACCAAUGAGGAGUCCUUCAAUGCAGUGCAGGACUGGUCCACUCAGAUCAAAACUUAUUCAUGGGACAAUGCCCAGGUGCUGCUGGUGGGGAACAAGUGUGACAUGGAAGACGAGCGAGUGGUGUCCUCGGAACGCGGCCGGCAGCUGGCUGACCACCUGGGCUUUGAGUUCUUUGAGGCCAGCGCCAAGGACAACAUUAACGUCAAGCAGACCUUUGAACGUCUGGUGGACGUGAUUUGUGAGAAGAUGUCAGAGUCCCUGGAUACUGCAGACCCUGCAGUCACGGGUGCCAAGCAGGGCCCACAGCUCACCGACCAGCAGGCACCACCUCAUCAGGAUUGUGCCUGCUGAGCCACUUCCCUUUCCUGCUGCCAGGGGCUUGUUCCCCACCCCCUAAUCACCCUAUUUAUUAUUGUAGCUAUUUAUUUAUUUAUUGAGGAUGCGCCCUGAGCGCACCCCCUUCCCUCCCUGUACAUAUCUCCACCCAGCUCUGCCGUGGUGUAUUGUGGUCACUUCUGCUUCCUCUCCUUUUAAGACUCUCCCAUUUUGUUUUUGUAAACCAUCCCGUCCACAGUUGUCAGUUAUGAAGAGGGGACCAGAUGUCACUCUGCAGCAGGCUGAUGGGAGAUGGCGGGGCCUGCCAACCCUGAGGCUGGGGGAUUGCCAUAUGGAGCACCUGGCUGACAGACUGGCUUCCUGCUUGCCUGGGCCUUCUGCCCUAUACUUUGGGAUAGAGGGAGCGUAGGGGAAUAUAUUCACUACUUUGGGAUACCCCCAAACCUGUUCUGACAUCAUGAGUGUCAAAUGUGUCCCACACCUCCCUAGAAGUUAUGAACACUACACACAGUCAAUAAAGCGAAUGGACCUUGC